GAAUCUAACAAAGAGAAUGAGGAAGCAGAGUGAGCUGCUAUCAGCUGUCCAUGCAAAGAUAUGUGAUAUGGUCACUUGGCUAACUUACUAAAAUACAUAAUAAAAUGCCUGGACAGGGCGAAUGGACUUGACAGGUUACGGUUGCAGAGAGAUAUUCGGGUAAAAGUAGGCUUCUUAUUGGCUAUGAGUGUGGAUAAUGGAGGUUGGUCAAGGUGGGGACUUGGACUACCUGAUCCAAGAUGAGGACACCAUCAUUGAGGGUGUUAGCAACCAGGUUUUGUUUGUAGUGGUUGUCAGUUUCACCUUCCUUGCAGGCAUCUUUACUUUGCUCUGCAGACAGGAAGAGCAGAAUAUCCAUCCUGAAAAUCAGGAGCACGUUCGAGCUGUCCGACAGCAGCUUCAAACUGAGCAGGAUGAAAAUCCGCAGGCAGAGGCUAGACAGCAGUAUUACACAGACAUGUCUUGCCCUGUGUGUUUACAACAGGCUGUGCUGCCUGUGGAGACCAACUGUGGACACCUUUUCUGUGGCUCCUGCCUUAUAGCUUAUUGGAGGUACGGCACCUGGCUGGGUGUGAUCAACUGCCCAAUCUGCAGACAAAUGGUAACACUUCUGUUCCCAUUAUUUCAUGAGCACGCUGCUCCUCAGAGGGUUCAGGAUGGCGAGGCCGAACCUCAGCUUAUAUUACGAGACAUCAACGAUUACAACCGAAGAUUUUCUGGUCAGCCAAGAUCUCUUAUGGACAGGCUGCGGGACGUCCCCACCCUGCUCCGUCAUGCCUUCAGGGAGAUGUUUUCUGUGGGCGGACUCUUCUGGAUGUUCCGGAUUCGAAUUCUUCUCUGUCUCGUCGGUGCCAUCACCUAUCUGGCCUCGCCACUCGACAUUCUCCCGGAAGCUCUUUUCGGCCUUCUGGGCUUCAUGGACGACUUCUUUGUGAUCCUCCUCCUGUUUGUGUACAUCUCUAUCAUGUACAGAGAAGUGGUUACGCAGAGGCUUAAUGGCUAGGCCCACAAACAGAUAUAGGAAUAAAAGAGAGAUGAUUAUCAGAGAAGAGUUUGUUAAAAAUAUUGAGUUUUCUCAGAGGGCUUCACUUUAAUUAAAUGGACCAUGAGCAUCUGACUGGGCAGAGGUUAGCAAAACAUUGUGAACAUCAGCUUUUGCUACAAAAGUUCCCAUUGAAAUUUACUAGGUGAAGGAUUUCAGGCAAACAAGUUACGAUCAAAUGAACAUGUAUGAACAAUGUACUGCUUCAAGAUUUACCCAUUUUUAAAAAGAAAUCUAUUAAGUUAUGUGAAUAUCAACAUAAUAUGGUCAACUGUGCCAUACGACGUCUUGAAAGUCUUGCAUUUAUGGGUUAAUAUGUAAUGAUUCCAUCUGAAUUUUCACUUCAAAAACAAGUGUUGAAUGGUAAAAGAGUUUCUGUUUGAGCUUGUUGUCAUUAUAAUGACGUGUAACUAUGCAUAUUUUAUGAUAACUUUUAAAGCACAGCUUGUUAAACCGGUUGGAAAAAUUCUCUGAAUAAUUUUUUUAAGCAGCAGUUUAAAUUCAGUAAUCAAAACCUGCUUCCUGCAUGCAUAGGGGGAAUGCUUAACACUGUCUUACAUAAACAUUUUUAACAAGCCAUUCUGAAAAUAAUCCUGGACAAUUUUGAAUGUAAAUCACCAAAAAAUGAAUGUGAAGUCAUUUCUGUUAAGUUUACUUUAACAUUCUGUUGUGAAAAGUAAAUCUGGUUUGAGCUAUGGAAUGACAUGGUCAAUUCUUCAAAAGUUUGUGUACUUUUGUAUUCAGUAUACUGUUGGUAUUGGCAUGUACAAUGCAGAUAUUUUUUUUGUUUGUAAAUAGUUUUAUCAGUGGUAUAGGUGUAUUUUCUUCAGAGGGUGAAAUGAAAGGUGCCAUGUCUGUGUGCUACUGAAGAGCACUGGCUUGCACUGUCUCAGUUUAAAUCCACACAGACCAACUAUUUUGCUUUCAAAAGUCACUUUAAUUGCCACUUCUUGCAAAAGAUCUUAAAAUCCUAUUUUAUUACAAUAUGAUGAAUGUUAAAAAAAAAAUCUGAACUUUCAAUUCAAGUACAUUUACUGAGUAGGAAAAAAGAUGUAUUUCAAGAAUGAAUUGCUUUUAAAAAAAUCUCUGGUGUAACGAUCAAUACUUUGCACAGCCUUCCCUUACCUGUCAAUACAUUUACUCCUAUUAAACUCAUAAUAUUUCA